AUGUCGGCACCAUCAGCCCCGGUGAUACCUCCUCGCCCGGCCAGGUCUCCUCAGACACUUGCCCCGGAUGUGCCUUCAAUACCGGCUCGUCCUAUCAACCGCCGCCUCGAGCGCUCUGUGUCCCCCGGCCGAGACAGCUAUGCGCCCUCGCCGUUGAACGAUCGUCCCGGCAGCGCUGCUGGGAUUUCUCGCACUGUCUCCAAUGACCUGCCAGCUCGCCCUCCCAGUGUCACCAUCCCUUCGCUCGGCGAGGAGGGCAUCGAGUACGACGAGGUCAGCAUCCCGACGGAGACCAGAAAUGUUGGCAGCGACCUGAAACUGCACGCCCCAAAGCCGUCUCUCCCCACGUCGAGCGCCAAAGCCCAAGUCCAGACAGUCACCCGCACGGACUCGAGUCAGGCCGCCGCUGCCGGCUUUGGGAAAGCACCUUCACCUGCCCUCGAAGACGCCGACGAACGCAGCCGUUCGCUGCACUCGAAGCCCAGUGCGUCUCGUGGCGAAUCGUCGAGAGCUUCCAGCAACCGCCGCCAGUCCUUGCAAUACGAUGAAGAGCAUGGAAUUCCUGAAAUUGGACAACGCGUGCCCAUGUUAGCCUAUGCCGGUGACGUGCAAGCCCCAUCUCCUGCUCCUCCGCGCUCUGCAUCGGCUUCCGGUAGCCGCAGUGGACGCCAUCACCACCGCACCCGUAGCGGUCGUGAUGUCUUCCUUCCUCCGGGCAGCUAUGGUCUUCAUGGUCAUGGUCUUCAUGGCCAUAGUGUCCAGUCGAUCGACAAGUUUGAGAAAGCUUGGUAUGAGAAGCACCCUGAUGAGUAUGCUCGUGAAGAGCAAGGCCAAUAUGGCCCUGCAAUCGCUCCUCGUCCCGACUGGGCGCUGAGCAGUGAUGAUCUAAACCGUAUUGUUCGCAGCUCCACUGGCAAAGAAAGCAGCGUUGGCGCAUCUCCUGUUGUCACCGGUACCCCAGAAGAAGAAGUUGGUUAUCUGGCAACCGAUGAAUACACCCGCCUCGAUACUCAGCCUGUAGCUGAAUCCCCUCUUCGUCAAACUAGCUUCCCAACUGCUGAGCUACGCCGCACUCGCAGUGUGCAAUCAGCCGCAAGCAGCGACGCUGGCGGUCGAACCAUCCAUAUCAAUGACCCAUAUCACUCUUCCCACCACCCUGAUGGCUUUGCCCAAACCCCCGAUCUUACUACGUCUCAUGACUUUGAGGACGACUUAGAAUAUGACGAUGCACCCAUCCUUGCUUCAGAUGAAGUCCGUCCCGAAUCAGCUCACCUGCACCCCGCCAUCUCCCCGAGACGCUCAAGUACCGAUUUCCACGAGCUGGACCGCUUUCAAAGCCGUACGCCUAGUGCUCCAAACAGUCGUCCAAGCAGUCUGCAUGGUGCUCCGACCGGGCUCGCGCGUUGGAAUUCACGCGGCGAAGAAGCCGAUGAGAUACAUACCCCACUCGAAGAUGUGGAAGAGUACGAGCCACUAUUCCCCGACGAUGGCAAGCCAGUGUCAGCCGCCGAACGUUUCAAGAAGCGAUCUGAGCUCAAACAGCGAUUCCCCAGUCAGGAUAUUUGGGAAGACACUCCGGAUAGUUUGCAGUUACACGCAAGUGUGUCCACCCCAGACUUGCCGGAACAACCAUCUAGUAAAUUCGAAACACCAGAAGUGGAAGAGAGACGGAGAAAACAGACUGAACAGAUUGAUUCACACAAAGUCGCGUCACAUAUUCUGCGUUCUCAUGGUCAAGCACCUCAUCAGGGACGCCCUGACACACUCAAGCAUCGCUUCCCAAGCCAAGACAUUUGGGAAGAUGCACCAGAAAGCCAUCAGCUUGUGACAACAGUUGAGCCUGCUGGUGAGGAAGUAAAGAGCCCUGACACUGCCCAGCCUGCAAUUCCUGCUCGGCCUUCAAUUCCUGCUCGACCUCAGCGGGCAAAGCCAGAUAUCUCACUAGAUGAAAAGAAAGCCCCAACCAUUCCUGGUCGCCCUAAGCCAACGGUCCAUACACGCCUGUCCAAGCCCGCAUCCCGAGAUGUACCAGAGAAUGGGGCCGCAGUACCUGCUAAUAAAUCCAAGCCCGCCGUCCCUGCCCGACCUGCUGCUGGCAAAAUCGCGGGCCUCAAAGCAAAUUUCCUCUCUGAUCUAAAUUCUCGCCUGCAAGUUGGACCUCAAGGUCCCAAACCUAGUGAGAAGAAAGAGGAGGAAGUGCUAGAGGAGAAAACACCCCUACCUGACGCUCGUAAGAGCCGUGCUCGCGGACCAGCGAGGAGAAAGCCUGCCGUUACCAAAGAGGUCAAGCUGCCGUCGAUACCUGAAAUUCGCAUCAUGGAUGCUUGGAAUGUGUGGGAGGUUGGCGUCGAUGGCCAUUUGUCAGUGGGAAUACCAGAAAAAUCUGCCGUUUAUGUGGAAGAGAAGCCGAUUACCGCAGAUAUCAAUUUAGAUUCUGCUGAGAAUACAAUGGCACCGGCGAUUGCAAAAAACGUGGCCGGUGAAUCUGUAGACCCAACUCCUUUGUCAGCAAAAGAAAGCCAAGCAGCAGAUGUGACAACUGCACCUCGACAUGACGAUAAUACAGCUAGCGAAGAAACAUCACCUCAAAACUUUACUCCAGAAGAAGCGCCGCAGACUGAACCCGUCGCUGAUUCUACCCCUCAAGCUGUGUCAGCCGACUCUUCUUCAUCAAAGGAAAUUGAUGGGGCCGCAGAGUCAAAAAUGUCAACCAACAAAACACUUUCAGAACAGGCUAUUGAGAAGUUAGCUGCUGCGGCAGAUGGGAAGAAGCCAUUUGAUGAAUCGGCAGAAGAGUAA